AUGUCGAGGAACAACACUUUGAUUUACAAACACCUUGUAGAGGACUUUCGCUACAAAGUACCUGUAGUAGGACUUGGAACACACAAUUUUUAUCUGAUUCACUCCUCGGCUCUCAUCUGUAUAGUAUGUAGUUUUGUGUCGGUAGUUGCUACACUAGUGGUAUCUUUCCGAUCUAAAUCUGCACGUACUUUUUUCAAAUCAUGGUCAAAGUGUGAACGUUUUGUAGUUUAUUUGGCUGUGUGCGAUGGUUUUUUCAACCUUGUUCACUUUAUGGAUCACUUUCAUAUGCUGACAGCUAAAGACCACGUUCAUCCAAUAGAACUGUGUGAAUACUACGGCUUUAUUAUGUUCAUGUUUAUAUCAGCCCAAAUGUUGCUGGUAUCUCUUAUUGCCAUAAACGCCUUUGCCUUGAUCAAGUUUGAUAAGAAUAUAGACCUUGGAAAGUGUGAUUGGAAACUUCUCUCACUCACAUUUGGAUUUCCGUUCGUAGAAUGCCUUGGUAUAACCAUAGCAGAUGAAAUGGGGCCGACUGGUGUAUCAUGCGGAGUAGCAGGGGAAAUUUCACUUCUGUUUUUAUCCACAAUCCCAGUAUUGACUGUAUUGACACUAAACAGCUUUUUAUACUCACUAACGUGGUACAAGAUUCGGACAGAAACAAAGAAACUGGCAGUUACUAUUGGUAACAAAGACGACAGAAAAGCUCUACAGGCCGCCAGGACGAUGUCUCUCUUUGUCUUUGCUUUCAUCAUUCAAUGGUGGGCUGCAGCUGUCUAUGGAGCCUGGAAACAGGUCGAUGGCAACGUUCCUCUAGGAGUCAUUGUUCCUGCUGUGACGUUCUCUAAUAUAGGGGGCAUUUUAAAUGGAAUCGUUUACUUCAUCAUGCGAAGAAACAGACAACGCCAAAUUAUACCGAAGACAACGGUCAUAACAGUCAAGAACAGAAAAACAUGA